GCAUGUAUACAAACAGACCUAUCCAUUUCCCGGGCUGACUCUUUUCUGCGCAGUUAAGAAUACGAUCUCCUUCUUUCACAGAUCCGGAGCUUGAGCUUCGAGGAAUGGCUUCGAUAAAUCUCAAUUUCUCUUCUUCCAUGGCUCUGAACCGCCUGCUAAGUCAUAAUGGUCUGCACUGUGUGAAUCCCUUCAUAACAAAUGGGUGCAUAUCAGAUUUUGUUUCAACUAGUGUAGCUAGAAAAUUGUGCCUUACUUUUAAGGCUGAUAGCAGAACCAGAGCUGCUGUGAUAUCUGGAGAAGGUGAUAUUCUAUCAUAUCCUAAUGGCAAUUCAGUUGCCGGACAUGCUUCUCAUUUUGAUGAUCCGGUAGGCCAACCAACUGGAAUUGAGAGACAGGCUGAUUCAGUCACUUUUGGAACACUCACAUCAGAAAUAGCUCCAACAAGUAGUGGUUUUUUCACUGAUAGUGAUGAAUUUGAUCUGGAUCUUCCUACAGAGGGAUUUGCUUCCAUCCCAGAGGCCAUUGAAGAUAUCCGCCAAGGCAAGUUUGUAAUUGUUGUGGACGAUGAAGACCGAGAAAACGAAGGCGAUCUAAUAAUGGCAGCAUCUCUGGUAACAACAGAGGCUAUGGCCUUUAUUGUAAAGCAUGGAACUGGUAUUGUGUGUGUGAGCAUGAAAGGAGAAGACUUGGAGAGGUUGCAACUUCCAUUGAUGGUAACACAGAAGGAGAAUGAUGAGAAACUUUCUACAGCUUUCACAGUUUCGGUGGAUGCAAAAUAUGGUACAACAACAGGUGUCUCUGCUCGUGAUAGAGCGACAACAAUAUUGGCUCUUUCAUCUAGAGAUUCAAAUCCCGAGGAUUUCAACCGCCCAGGUCAUAUUUUUCCUUUGAAGUACAGGGAGGGAGGGGUUUUAAAACGAGCUGGACAUACAGAAGCUUCUGUCGAUCUCGCCAUGCUAGCUGGGUUAGACCCAGUCGCAGUUUUAUGUGAGAUUGUGGAUGAAGAUGGUUCAAUGGCUAGAUUACCAACGCUUCGCCAAUUUGCAGAGGCAAAUAAGUUGAAAAUUAUUUCCAUAGCUGAUUUAAUCAGAUAUCGGAGGAAGAGAGAGAAAUUGGUGGCACGGGCUGCUGCUGCACCAAUACCAACAAUGUGGGGACCUUUCAAAGCCUACUGCUUCAAGUCACAGCUGGAUGGCAUUGAGCAUAUUGCCAUGGUUAAGGGUGAGAUUGAUGACGGGCGAGAUAUCCUUGUAAGGGUGCAUUCUGAAUGCCUUACUGGUGACAUAUUUGGGUCAGCAAGAUGUGACUGUGGAAAUCAGCUGGCACUUGCAAUGCAGCAAAUUGAGGCAGCUGGCAGGGGUGUGUUGGUGUAUCUGCGUGGACACGAGGGAAGGGGAAUUGGUUUGGGCCACAAGCUUCGUGCUUAUAAUUUGCAGGAUGAUGGACGGGACACUGUUGAAGCUAAUGAGGAGCUGGGAUUGCCUGUUGAUUCUCGAGAAUAUGGCAUCGGUGCACAGAUACUACGGGAUUUAGGUGUCCGCACAAUGAAGCUGAUGACCAACAACCCUGCAAAAUACAUCGGGCUUAAAGGUUAUGGUUUGUCAAUUGCAGGCAGAGUCCCAUUGUUAAGUCCUAUAACCAAGGAGAAUAGGAGAUAUCUGGAGACCAAACGUUCGAAAAUGGGGCAUAUCUAUGGUUUAGGUUUCAAUGACCGAGUAAAUGGUGCCAUCAGUGAAAAUGGAAAAUCAAACUUUGACAGACUCCAUGAUGGUUCGUCUGAGGUAUGAAUAAAUGUUUUCAAACGCUGUUAAUUCUAGUGUGUGGGUUGAUGUUAUGAUACUCAUUUUGACUUGUCUUGGAAUUUGUGAUAUUGGAUUUUUUUGUUUUUUUUUUGUUUCAAUUCUCUGGGUAUUUUUUACGCGAGAAAAAUAGAUGCUGUGCUGAAUUUUUGUGGACUGAAUAAUUAAUGUUAUUUUCUGAUCAUUUAAGUGCAAA